UCCCCAGUUUUCUCCCUUUCCCGCUCCUGGGUCAGGGGUCCCUUCGCAGCUGGGAGCCAGGGUCUCCAUGUGCUCUCUUUAAUGGGCAAGGGUGUGGGUCUACAUAUGUAAGCAGUGGAGGAUCUUUUCUGAGCCACUUUCCUGGUUUCGCUUACACCUUCCAGGCUGUAGCGAACACCUGACCAUGUGGAAUCCCAGUGCCGGGCAGCCAGGGCCAAAUCCAUAUCCCCCUAAUGUCGGGUACCCUGGAGGUUCCAAUCCUGCCCAUCCACCGCCUGUCAAUCCUGCCUUUCCUCCGGGCCCGUUUCCUACUCCCCUUGGCCCCUUUCCCACUCCCCCAGGAGCUCCCCAGGGGAAUCCAGCUUUCCCCCCAGUCGGGCCCCCUUAUCCUGUGCCACCACCAGCAUAUCCAGGAUACCAACCAUCAGGCCCCUAUCCCCCUCCAUAUCCACCACCUGCCCCUGGCAUGCCUCCUAUUAAUCCCUUGGCUCCUGGCAUGGUAGCACCAGGAAUGGUGACGGACAAGAAGAUUCGGAAGAAAAUGAAGAAAGCUCAAAAAAAGUCGCAGGCACACCAUAAGCAUGGCAAGGGUCUGCUGACCAGCCCUGGCAAUGUGGUACCCGGUGUGAAGACGAAGGAAUGCAACGAGACAUGCGGAACCCUUGAAAACAAAGAGGAAGGAAACGAAAGUAACUGCGCAGGCUGCUGUGGAUUACAGCACGCUGGAUCAAACCCUGCCGUGGCAUUGCACGGGGCCAAUACUCUUCCAGAAACGAAGAAUUCUGGCUCGGGGACUCCACAGAACCGAACGUUGCGCAUUCGCCGGACCCGGACGGUCCCCGAAAUAACCUGGGGAAUGAUAAAGAAGCUGAUGAAAGAGGCUGAGGAACUGUUGCAGCGUACUUCCUUUCCACUCACGCCAGAUAACCUCUUUCUUGCUAUGACUGCUUUGAUUCAUCUCAGCUCUUGUGCGUCUAUAGAAUCAGAACUCAACAGUGAACAAGCCUCGUAGAACCCAACAUUCCCAGGCGUCAAGUUCACCGCAGCCCUCUGUCUUCUAUACCCGGCAAAACAAAAAA